GUCACCGUGCAUCGCCGCUGCGUCUUCGCAUUCAAUUGCCGUCCCCUCCCCGUCCGAACGCAAGGGAGUAACGACAUUGCCGAGAUCUUGGAAGAUGGAGAGCGACGAGAACCGGACGGGGCCGUCAUCAGGGAGUGCGAGCCGUGGAGGUGGUAAAGCGUGCUGCCGGUGCGGGUGGGUGUACCCCAACCCGCACCCCAGCAAGAAGCACCGGAAGGCUCACCGGAAGCACUGCGGCGCUGCGGCGUCGAAGCCGCGCGAUGAUGCUGCCGAUGUUGUCGUGGCCGUGCAUGCGAACGAUGCGGCUUGUGAGCUGCUGGCGGAUGCGGACCCGAGGAAAAAAUCUGGAGUGGUGGCGGUGGAGGAAUCGAAGCCGGAGAGGGACAGCAGAGAACUGUGUAAAGAUGCGAUCUUGGAGACGGACACUGCUGAUAAGUCUUCCAAUUCAUGUGCUUUUUGUCAUGGCAACAAGGUUCAGAGUUCUGAUGUGGAAUUCACUGCAAGUCAGCUGGAUUGCUCGACUCACUUUCAAAAUCAUUCAGUCUCAUGUGGAGUCGAUAUGAUUUGCACUGCUGAUGAUACAAAAGGUUCUUCUUACUUCCCUUUAACCAAAGGAUCUUCCCUGGAUGCUUCAAAGGAGGAAAUGGGUUGUGCUACAGUUCAAUAUGCAGUGGAGAGUGCUACCGUUGCAAAUGAUAAAAACAUUGGAAACCAUAUAGAGAAUAAGUUAGAUGCAGACAUUCCUAAAGCACUGAUCCUACCUCAUGAUUCUUCCAUCAAUUUCUCUUCAACUGACUCUGAGUUACAGAAUAAAGAUAAAUACAUGGAGAUCAGUGUAACUGUAGAUCGAGUAAAUACAGUAACCACACUGAUGUCUGGUCUUCCACAUGAGGUUUCUGAAAAUACAAUGGAACCUGAACCAAUCAACUGCAUUGCUCAAGAUAGGAUGACUGAUGUUGCAGGACAAAUGUGUCAAGUUCAACUAUCUUCCGAGGGUGGACGAUGCACUUUGGAAAUUAAUGCUGGUGAGCCUUUUGAAAUUUCUGCUCAUUCCUCUGGAUGUGAGUAUCAACUUGGCAAACCUGCUAACUCUUUGGCAAAUGAAAAUGAGCUGGAGGAUUUGUUUAUUUCAGAAGUGGCAUCAACCACACUUCUCGUGGAAGCUUCUGACAUGAAGCCUGGGUCUCCUGAAGAUUGUGGGUUGGUGGGGGCUGCUGUCACCACUAUUUGUGCAAACUCUCAAGUAGGAAAUGAGUUAGGUGAACGCAUAAUAAAUGAUGUUCCCAAAGUAGUUCCAUCUGAGUUGUUAGUGGUAGAAUUUGAUAAGAGCGUUGAUAAUUUUCUUUCAACCUUGCCAUUUAACAAAGAAUUUUCUCUCCACAUAGAAAAACUUAAUGCAGUUGAAAACAAUGGGUCAAUUGAUGAUCAAGAUGACAUGUCCCAGUUGGUCAAUAUAUUUGAAUGUGAGUUUCAAUGUCCUGAGGAAGAAACAGAUUGGCUUGGAACACAUGAACAAGUUGCAAUUGCAGGAUCACCGGUAGACCAAGCAAUGGUUUUAGAUAGUUGUGUUACUAGUUCAUGUGAAAGUUUUCAUUCAUCGGCUGGAAUUGAAGCACAAAAAAUAAAUUACCUGACUGAAGGGCAGGAUAUUUACAUAUCUUAUGAAGGAUCCUUAGCUGAUAGUUUGGGAGUUUCGGACUCAGGUCUUGCAGUCUCUGGUGUUAUCCAAUCUAGUAUAGCAUUUGAAGUAAGUGAUAAGAAUCAAAAUGUGAGCCAAGAAACAACAGAAGUUAACAAUUAUGUUGUGGUAGAGGAGAAAAAACAUGAAAUGGGUAAGGAAGAAAGUCUUUACAUGGACUCAAAAGAAUUAAGUUCUUGUCAAGACCCAAAAUAUGAUUCUCAGUGUAAAUGUUAUGCCUCAGAAUUGAUGCCUUCACUUGGAGAUGAUAUUGAAAGGAUGGAAUUGCAAAACCACAAACAUGUCGUAAGCACGACAACCGAGGAGAUCAGUUCCAGCUACACAGAUAGUAUUUCCAAUUAUUACUUGGAUGAGCCAGAUCCCCGAGAAGCUACUGAGGGUAGAUUCAUACAAUUUGCUGCUGGUGAUGAAACCAAUGAUCAUCCUGAAAGGCAGGCAGAACCUUGUGUCAAUGAAGCUAUAUUCGAGAAUGUAUUUCUUGUUGAGCAUUAUGAUAAACUGGAUCUCCACAAAGAUGAAGUUGACAAUGUGCAGACAUCUGGUUCUCAGCUUAAACAAAAGAAUCUUCUUGUGGUAAGAAGUGUUUAUCCUCUGAGCAGUGAUGAAAAUAACCCAGAUAACCCAUUUGUUACAGAUGUUCAGAUCCCUAGCAUUGACAAAGAAAAUAGUUUUGCCAAUAUACAUAAUGAACAGCCAAACCCAAAUGAACUCGGUGAAGUCGGUUUGUGCCAUGAUGGAGAAGACCAUAAGACUGAGGAAUGCUCCACUUCAGAAGAUGUGCAAUCCAUUGUUGGGAAACCUGAUUCUGAUUCAAGAACCAGUGAUACAUCUGGAGUUCCUUCCAGCAGCUUUUAUCAUUCUUCAAAAGAAGAAGAUAUUUAUGUUGAAUCCAUGCAAUGUGCUGAAUUAUGCACUCGAAAAAUAGAUGACUCAGCUGAUUCAAAUGGCCAAAGAGCCAGCACUGAAGCAUCAUUGGUCUCUGUUUCAGAUGGAGCGAUUCCAUUCCUAAGUUAUUCAGCAAAGGGAGAAUCCAAUUUUGAUGGAAAAGCUUCGCCAAUUACAGAUUCCCAGACCACAAGGGAUCUACAAACUUCUGAUCCAGCAGCAGGGGCUCUUUUCAAAAGCGAUGUUGAUAGCAGUGAUAUGGUCCAUCUUUGACAAUCCUUGUGGAACCUGGUCGGCGAUCUGAACCUAAAGGAAGAAAUGGUAAUGAAGAAAAUGCUGCCAAGGAGCUGAACUGGAAUUCUGGAAAACCAUAUGUUAUGUUGAAGAAUCUCCUUGCUGAAGCAGACACUGAGAGUGAACAGAAAGUACCCUUUGGCCGAGGCCACAAUGCAUCAUUGACUUCCAAGAGAAGGAAUGGUUUGCAAGAUGAUGGAUAUUCUCUUAAACCUGCAACAUCUAAAGUAGUUUCUGAUAAAUCUAAUGAGCCCUUUGAUAAUCAAGUAGAUCACAGUGAAUGGAACUCUCCUGCACGGCUCCCUGUUACCCAGCAUGUUAAAAAGAAAGUAAAAGGGAGGCAAGCCUGGGUGCCAUUCAUUUGUUGUGCAUCCAUGAACUGAAAACAUCUUGUCAGAUUGGUGGUGGUUAUUGGUUGUUCUCAGGAAUGACAGUUCAUCUUCUACUUGUGAUUGGGACCAUGGUCCCCUUGUUAGUCUUCUAUGACAAUGCGGAUAUCUUUUGCUUCACAUCUUAGAGGAUAUAAGGUCAAAAAGAAAAUAUUACAGUUUGUCCUUAAAUUUUGGACUUAGAUAAUGCUGAUUUCUUCUUUCCUCUUGUUUUGUAAAAUGUUGCUGCUAGUCCUUGCUUUGUCAUAAUUAGCGUGAAGUUCAACUUUUUUAUGCAAUAGAUGUCAGAGCAAGGCACUCAGUGACUUUUAUAUGUUGUUGUGAUCAAAAUAUGUUGUAUGUUGUAUGGAUUUCUUUUCGAGGAUCAGAUAUUCCUCAUCUGCCAUCUGUGUAUUCUUUUGUUGGUUGGUUUGCCUCUCAUAGAUCUGACAUGAGAAUAUCAAAUCUUGAGGUCAUUCAACCACGAUGAGGAGUAUUUAUCAUGUUUGCCUCUUGUAGAACCAGAACCUGAGACCCCCGCUUUGCCGACAUUGAGGAUGGGGCUGUCGUCGGGCAGGUUCAUCAUGGCCUCCCCAUUGCCUCCUCACUGGAUGAGGGAUCGAAGUCAUCAUUCAUGGCAGCGACUUGGCUUAGGGUAGAGGUUGCUACCAGAGUUGAGAGAGCGUCCGGCCUUUCCUCACCAGCCAAAUGGAUUGGCAGCAGGAUGGAAUUACUUGAUACUUAAUUUGCAGCAAAGUGAGCAUACGGAUGGUAGACUGGUUAACUGUGAAUAGAUAUGCAUGAUAACCAUCUGUUCUGUCACAAGAACUUUGUGCUGGGCUAGGAUACAAGCAUAUGAAACUCAGAGUGAGGUAUGAGAUUCUUGUUCUUUUUUCAGAAGAAUAAAUUCAUUGUUCACAGAUCUUUUGGAAGUGAAGAAUCUUCUCUUUUCAAAGAACUGGAAAGUACAACAUUGGGAAUUUUUACCCUGUUCUUCAGCAAAUGAGACAUCUUCUUUGAAUGAUGAGAUUAGAAUUCAGAUUGGGAAUAUCAAAUUAGUUAUUGAAAAUAAAGAAAAAAAAAGUCAAGAAAAGCUGUAUCUGCUGUUGCUUUAAACAACUCUCAGAGUAGUAACUAUAAAGUGGCAGUGUCACAAAGAAAUGGUGGUAAUCUGAAAUCACUGGAUAUUAAUAAGGAUUAGGAGGAAUAAGUGUACUAAUGUAGGACCUGGGGAGAGGAAUAGAAGAUGGAGGGAGGACUUGUGGAAGCCCACCUUGCAAAUGAAUCCAAAUGCAGAUUUGUAUAUGGCCAACAUACAUGUGACUGUCAGCAGCAAUCCCAAAGCUCUGCAAAUAUAACAGGCAAGUUCAGAACCCAAGCAAGAGAGAGAGAGAGAGGUCAAUGCAAUCCACCAAGGUAAAAAUCUCUGCACUCAUCCUCAUUGUCUUCUCUAAUACUCCCCAUUCCAUUUUAACAUCAUGAAACCUUAGGAGGAAGAUUUCUUCUCACUAGAAUGUGCAUCAUGUCCGAGAUAAUACUCAUACCUCAUAGGGCUCUAUGGAUAUUUUGCUUAAAUUGUCAUGGGAAACAUUAUAGGAA